GGAGAUGGUGUUUGUGAACCAAGGGAGUGGAGACCAGUGGUUUACAGAAAGUGCACAGACACUCUCUGGUUGCUCCUCUUUCUUCUUUUCUGGGCUGGUUUGAUGUUUAUAAGUGGCUAUGCUGUGAUGGCUGGUGCCGCAGAAAGACUCGUGCUUGGAUAUGACAGCUUUGGGAACAUAUGUGGUAGGAAGAACACUCCUGUAAAAGGGGCACCACUUUCUGGACAGGACAUGACUAAUAAAAAGUAUGUGUUCUUUCUGAAUUCAUGCAGCCUGGAAAUGCAAAGCCUCAAAAUCAGUUCAGUUUCCUUGUGCGUGUCUAGUUGUCCACAAGAGCAACUCAACUCUUUGGAAGACCUCCAGAGUUUUGCAAGGAAUAAUGGUUCUUGUCUUUGCAUUUACAGCCUGAACGUUUCCAGUUACACACUAAAUCCAAAGGCAGCUGAGCUGUGUCCCGCACUGCCAGUUCCACCAAGUAAAUCUUUUCCAUUAUUUAAUCGAUGUGUUCCACAAAAUCCUGAAUGCUAUUCCAAAUAUGCAUCUGUCUUAAUAAAUAUGGUUAAUGAAGUGGAUGUUUUUCACCGAACUCUGAGUGGAAUAUUGGCAGGAAGAGAUACUGUGAUAGGACUGAGUGUCCUUGCACUAGCCUUCUGUUUUGUACUGGUUUUAGCCUUCAGAUUCAUUCGGACACUUUUGGUCCAUACUUUGAUUGCACUGGUUGUAUUUGGGUUGUUAUUUGUCUCAGGUGUUCUCUGGUGGCUCUAUUAUGACUACAGGAAUGAUCCCAUCACUGAAUUGGAAACACAAAAGGAAAAUGUAAAAUUUCUACUUGGAUAUGCUAUCUUCUCAACAAUAGUUACCGUUGUUCUGCUUUCCCUUAUACUUACACUAAGAAAGAGGCUUCAGUUCACUGUACAGCUCUUUCAAAUUGUUGGUAAAAUCAUUGGCAGGAUUCCUUUUCUCCUGUUCCAGCCACUCUGGACCUUUCUGAUUCUCGUUGUGUUCUGGGUAUUUUGGGUUGCUGUACUACUUAGCUUAGGAACUGCAG